CACAGAGCCACAUCAGGUUAUGGUUCUAAAGCAUUUUCUACAUGUUAAACUGUUAUUACUUAAAUGCUACAACAGCUUAGAUUCAUCCCAGUGUUAUCUUAUUGACUUUUUUUUCACCUGCACAACUCUUGAUGAGCAUAUUAAUGUAGCAUAACUCACUGCAUCACUGAUGUACAGUAUCCUGAAAGUAUGCUUUUUAUUUACAACUAAAAUUAUAGUUACAGUUACCACUGAUAAUUUUGGAUAUUUUCAGGAGACUUGUUGUAGCUGCCUCCUGGUUGGCCUGAUCAGAGAAGAGCAGAUAUGAACCCUGUGUGAUGAUUUCUUUUAUUCCAUAAGUUUGGUACUUUUUAAUUCCCCAACAAUAAGAGCAUCAACAGAAUAAGCACCACAUGGUUUGUGCUGAAGUCAAGUCCGAGGGACAUUUAAUACCAACUGAAUAUAGGAUUUUAAAAUUCUGAACACUGUGUACUUUCUGGGAGCCAACCCAUUUAAAACUUUAUAAAUUGUUAAAAGAAUCUUAAAAUCCAUCUGAUAUAAAACAUGUAGCAAGGUUAAACAGCAAUUGCCCUUAUAUGUUUAGGUAUGGGGGUGGCUGUUGGGGGAAAAAAAAUAUUUAUAGCUGUAAUUUUAGAGUUGUGCCUCUCAGCAUAUUACAGCAACUCUGUUACUUUAGUUUUGAUUACCGGUAGUUCUGUUUGUAGACUUUUGCCCAUAAUUGGUUUAAUUGUUACUGUUUAGACAAUUAUCCCUUCUGUUUCUGAAUGAAGUGCAACUGGAGGAUUUUUACUUCUACUUUUGGACAUUUGUACAUAUAUUUUCAAAUCAGAAUAGCUGAUUAGCAUCUCAAAACCUCAAACAAUACCUCAACUGUGACCCCAAGUUAAGGUGAAAAGGAGGCUUUAUGGAUACAGAGCAGGACCAGAGGAAGUUCCAUCCAUCAUGAUGACCAAGGAUCAUAAAGCAGACUCCAACGUCUGCCGACUUUCUAAACGUACACCAGAAAGAAAUGUAAAGAGGAUUGGUUUAACCGAUUUAACCAGGUAAGAUGACUGAGGAGUGGUCCACAUUAACAAAAGCUUAAAGAACCACAACCAGUCAGUUAUCAGAAAUAUUAAAAUUCCAACUCUAAUUCCACUCCUUCAUUAGGCCAAUGGUCCGUAAAACCCAAAUAAGUUAGGCGGCAGAUCUCUGACUUGCAGGCUUUUAUAUUUUUCAUGUGUCCUAGUACAUAUGUAUCCUUGUGUUUUUGGUAUGUGUGUAGUGUUGCUGUGAGCCCGAUUCGGUCCAGCAGCUCUGUGAAUGUAAUGUGGGGGUUCAGCAACCUCUGCGGUCCGAACCGAGCCGGGCUGCUGGAGGUGGAGUCCAAGCUUUACCCAAACUUUAGGACGGGGCGGUACAGGGAGGAGCAGCACAGAGACUUCCUAAAAACAGGUUCCUGUCGUCUGCUCACGCAUGUUAUUCUUCCUGAAGUUCUAAAACUCCAGCAAGAGCCGAACUCGUCCAGACCUGGACCCGUAAUUUUCGCUCUGGCCGCUGAUGAACGUCUGCUUUACCAGUUCUAAACUUGCUGGAUGGAGACAGACCGUCUGCUGACCGGGGCUGAGGACCAACACAGCGAAGACUAUGGCUCCGGUCCGGCCAGAAGUGGCGGAGAUUCGCGGGGCAGCAGGCGGAUGUCUUACUCUACUACUGGGGACUACUGCCGUUUGGACGGAGAUGAUGAGGACCUGUACAUCCAGCAGGCAGUUGUUUUUAUUGAAGAUGCCAUCCAUUACCGCUCCAUCAACCACCGAGUGGAUGGCAGGUCGCUUCGUCUCUAUCGAUGGUACUAUUCAAGAAUAUGUCAGUGGAUUUUGGGCACCAUCAUUGCAGUUGUGCUGUUACUGGCGUUUGUAGAACGUCCUUCCUCCCUGUCCAUAUCUUCAGAUCCCCGCCACCAAUCCAGCCGAUGGGAACCUCCCUGUGGUGCCCCAGAGAGUGUCGAGAUGCUCUGUCUCUUAAUCUUCUGCUUGGAUCUUGCUGUCAAAAGCUACCUGAUUGGCUGGGAGGAAUUCAGGAAGAGCAAAUGGCUAAUCAGCUACACUGUAGUCAUUUGUGUUUCUGUCAUUGACUGGGUGCUCUCUGUCAGCAUGGAGUGUGAUGAGAAAUUGAGAGUACGGCGGCUUGUUCGGCCAUUCUUCCUUCUACAGAACUCCUCUCUGAUGAAAAAGACACUGAAAUGCAUCAAGAGAACCCUACCUGAGAUUGCUAGUGUGAUCCUGCUGCUUGCUCUGCAUCUCUGCCUCUUCACCAUGAUCGGCAUGCUGCUGUUCGCUAAAAAUGCAGAUCAAAAGAAGAAUGGAGAGUGGGAGUUACAUUUCAAGAACCUGACCACCUCCCUAACUUCUCUGCUGGUGCUGCUCACCACAGCAAACAAUCCUGAUGUCAUGAUCCCUGCCUAUUCCCUCAACCGAUGCUACGCCAUUUUCUUUAUCACCUUCAGUAUCAUUGGAACAUAUUGUCUGAUGAACUUGCUGACCGCCAUCAUCUAUAACCAGUUCAGGGGAUAUUUACUGAUGUCGGUCCAGACAUCCAUCAUUAGGAGACGGCUGGGGAUCCGAGCUGCUUUCCAUGUCCUUAGCUGUCACAGAGCACAGACAGAAGAACAAGAACUUGUGAGAGUCAAUGCUGUGCUUCAGGUGAUGUCCAGAGUCAAGAUGAAGCACUUCUACAAAUCAGCCAUCACAGCGGCAUCGCAGCAGUUUGCAGAUCAAGGCUACAUGGAUCAACAGCAGUUCAGGAGGAUAUUUGAUGAAUUGGACAAAGAUUCUAUCAAGGAGCAUCCUCCUUUACCUCAGUAUACAUCUGCAACGCUGCAAAAACUUCAGGUGGUCUUCAGUCACUACUACCUCACUGUCCUCGGAAACCUGGUGGCACUGGCCAAUGUCUUAUGCAUAUGUACGAUCCUGGUUCUGAACUCUGAAAAGUCAACUGAAGAGAGAGACAACAAUGUCUUAGAGGUUAUCAACCUCUGCUUCAUCCUCUUCUACCUUUCUGAAAUGAGCGUCAAGAUAUUUGCCUUUGGAUGGAGGGGAUACCUGUCCUACAGGAGCAACAUUUUUGAUGGCUUCCUCACCAUUCUGUUACUGAUCCUACAGAUUGCUAUUUUCAUCACCUACAGGCUCCCUUAUUCCCAGGAGCCUUCAUCUCGUGGUGUGAUGUCUUUGUGGGAGAUGGUUCGCCUGGUUAACAUCCUGAUUGUCUUCCGGUUCCUGCGCAUCAUCCCAGAUAUCAAGCUCAUGGCUCUGGUUGCUAGCACUCUGCUGGAUCUGGUGAAAAAUCUCCGAGCAUUUGCUGGGAUUCUAGUGGUAGUGUACUACGUGUUUGCUGUAUUUGGGAUCUGGCUGUUUGAGGGUGCCAUUAAACCUCCUCCACAGAUGAGUGUGUUCUCCAUGGACAACACCACAUCUAACUUCAGCAAUGCGUGUGGUACUUACGAACAGCUGGGAUACUGGCCCAACAACUUUGAUGAUUUCGCUGCAGCCAUUAUUCUGCUCUAUGAUGUCAUGAUCGUCAACAACUGGCAGGCCUUCAUGGAAGCAUACAGCAGAUAUACAUCAGAGUGGUCCAAGGUGUACUUUGUGUGCUGGUGGCUCACCUCCUCUGUGAUGUGGGUCAACUUGUUUGUAGCUCUCAUUCUGGAGAACUUCAUCUACAAGUGGGACCGUAGUCACAGCUGCUCUGUUACAGAUGUGGAGAAAAUCCGAUAUGAAACUUCAGUCCAGUUCAUGUUCAAAGAACAGAUCCAAGAACCAACUGAAGAGGAAUUAGCUUGCCAGUUACACCAGCACCCUCACCUCCACCUGGAAUGGAGACAUGAACAUCAGAACAUAAGGCCCUCUCGGCUUCUCUGAGGUCUUGAAGCUGCUGGUGGAGUAGGAAGGUGUUCAAGUAAAUCAAAAGUAGACUUUCCCUUCAGAGGGACUAAGCACAAUGAUUCAUCUGGAGGUUUCCUUUGAAACUCAGAACAUUAAGUGGAUUAAUUCAAGAAUUGCCAUAAAGAACUUUUGAAUGUGGAGGCUUUUUUGCUGUACCAAAUCUGUCAUUUACAGAAAAGUAAGCCAUAUUUUCUCUUUUUUUUUAUUAAACUGGGGCCAUUUGACAACAAUAUGAACCAGGAGAGAGAGCAGAGGAGGAUAUCGGGAUGUGGUGGGGGUUCAAAGCAGCCAUAGCCUCUUGGACUAUUAAGACUGAGAAGCAGCAGUAAUUCCUCUGCCAGGCAAGAAAACAGGAAGGCCUAUUUCCUUAGAGCUCUGACUCUAUCCAAACAGCAUUAAAUACAAAAUCAGUUCUCUGAUUUAUAGUUCAUUCACCAACAUUCUUGGUGCUGAUUGACCCCACUGUGGUCACCAUGACAUAAAUUACUCUGCAAAGUUCAAAAUAUUCUACUUCUACUAAGCACAACAUGCCUGAAUUAAAGUAGCUAUGCAAGCCAUUUUUAACUCAACCUAUGGCCUUUCUGUCGGGUCAGAUUCUAAUACCAUUGUCAGUGUUCGAGCCAUCUACUAUCAGAUAAGCCCAAUUCAAUCAAAUACACCCUGCAGGGUCACAACUUGGCUAAAUCAAGGGCUCCCUCUAAUGUGUUGCAGACACAAACAUGUUAGCAUUGAUCCAUUUACAGAAACAUGUCAUCCGAAUUUUGUUUUAUGGGCUUAAACUCCACUGUGGCAUCAGUACUUAAUACUUAAACAAAUCUGAUCAGAGAUUCUUUUUAGCGGCGGUUGUGUCUUUAGGUUACCCUACAGUCCCAGACUACAUAGCUCUGCAUUUAGGAAAAAACGUACCGAGACUCCUUAAAUGGUUUUAUUUUACCUUGGAUGUAUUUUAGGUAUCGCUGUAAAUAUAUGAAAAGGAAUUAAAUCAGAUUGUUCAGUUUAGUUUGUAAGUACUGCCAAAAACUUUGUCUGAUGUAUUGAAGUUUUUCUAUUUAUUAAAAUAAUGAGAAUAGAUUACAUUAGCUUGUGUAAGAAGCUGCUGGAUUGUUGAUGUGAUUGGUCUGAUUGCUCGUUCUAGGAGCUUGGCUGCAGUCAGCAUGCUCUACAUGUGAAAUGAAGGAAGUUUCCAGGAUUUUGGGAAUUAUAUCAACAGGACAAUCCAGGAAACACCUUGAUUUGCAGAAUGAAUAUGUUGGCUUGUGGCUGGACAAUAAGCUGGACAGGACAAGCAACACAAAGCAGCUCGCCCAGACCAGGAUGUAUGGUACUACUGAGAUCCUUUAACAUCUAUGAAAAGCUGCUGGGGUUAUUUGACCAGUUUGCUGUUCCCAGCAUUUAGUGAUACGCUGUGGUAUGCUGGGGUAGAAGCAUGUCAAAGGCAGACCUUUCCAGGCUGGAGAAACAAAACAAGUAGGCUGGCUCAGUGGUCGGUACGAGACUGGACUCUCUGGCAACAGUAGCAGAGAGGAUAGCAUUUCAGAAACUCCAAUCUAUUAUGGACAAUGCCAGCCACCUUCUUCAUUCUGUCUUUAGCGGCCAGGAAAGCAGGUUCAGUGGGAGACUGCUUCUUCUAAAGUGCAGGACCAACAGACUGAGGAACUCCUUUGUCUCUUGUCCAAUGAAACGGUUCAACACUUCACUGGAGAUUAGAAGGAAGGCUAACAGGAACACAAUAAAAACAGUGGGACUAUAGCAUAGGGCUGUUUAUGUAUUUUUUAAAAAACAGCAACAUUACUUUAAGUAUUUUAUGUAUGGGUGCUCUGUGAGAGAUGGGAAUUAUAAUUUCCCAAAGGGAAAAUCCUAAACAGAUUAAUAAAGUUUUUAUCCAUCUGUCUGUCUCAGUGUCUGCCCAUCAGGUCAUCCGUCAGUCUGUCUGCGACACUGCAACCUGUCAAACAGAGAUCUAACUUUCCGAAUACACAUUUAAUCAGGGCUAAAAUGGAAAUUCCAUAUUUUCAAUCUGUGUGUGACGAUGUUUUUUUUUUUUGUUUUUUUUUUCCAAAGUUUAUUUAUGCUUUAACAUGAGGUACAGUGUAAACACAAUGCAAUAGUUAUAGAGUUAACAGUGUACCUUUAAAUACAAACAUACUUGUGCUAGAACAAGCCCAAUUAUACCAACAUAUAUACACCUACACAAAAUACAUAAAAUGGAUCAAGUCAGAGAAAACAUACUGCGUUAGCGGACAGAAACAUAAACAUAAGAUAAACAAAUAAAAUACGAAGGACCACAGUACUAAAUAUAUGUAAAUCUCUUUCCCUCAACCCAUACAAACAUACACUCAAAAAAAGAGAACGAAAGAAAGAAGAAAAAAUAGUAAUUUUUUAAAAAAUAAAUAAAAAUAAAAAGGUCAGGUGCCAGUGGACACUUCCGUUGAUGUAUCAGUCAAACUUAACUCAAGAAAGAAGAUGAAAGAAAAAGAGAUAUUGAUAAGAAUAAUAAAUACUAGCUACAAACGUACCACCUUAUCAGUCUGAAAUAUUAGGAAAAUUAAUCUUUCUAAGGGUUCUUAACAAGGGGCUCCACAAACCCAAAAAUCUCGUAGAAGAGCCUCUUAAGGUAAAACGGAUUUUCUCAAGUUUAAUAAAAUACAGUGCAUCUCGAAGCCAGUGGGUAUAUGAUGGAGGUUGAGGCGACUUCCAUUUUAUUAUAAUCACUCUCCGUGCCAAAAAAGUCAAGAAAGCCAAGGAGGAUUUCUGAAAGGAGGACAGGGUGGACUGUGGAGGUGCAACUCCAAACAAAGCAGUCAAGGGGUCAAGCUCCAAUUUCUUGUCAAAAAUGUCCGACAAAAUAGCAAAAACUUUGGACCAGUAGUUAGAAAGCUGAGGGCAAAGCCAGAUAGUGUGGAUCAAAUUGGCUGGAGAAUGUUGGCAUCUAUCGCAGGCAGGAGAAACGUUGGAGUAAAACUUAACCAGACGUGCCUUAGUAUAAUAAGUGCGAUACACAAGUUUGCAUUGAAUUGGAUUAUGUCUGGCAAAAAUAGAGGACUUAUGCACCAAUCACAGGAUUAGUGUCCAAAGAUCCUCUGAAAUGGUAUGUCCAAGGUCUUCCUCCCAAAGUGAUCUAUGGGAAUUAAGGGUUUGUGGGUGUAGAAGCGUGAUUUGAUUGUAAAUUAAAAGAUAUGGCUCCUUUCAGUUUGACAGUAGGUUUUAGAAAAAUGUCUAAAGGUGACUCUUCUUCUUCUUCUUUGUGGUUUUUAUUGGCAGGUGACAUCUAACGUUAAGAUGUAUUAUCGCCAUCUACUGUGCUGGAGUGUGGACCAGAGCAUCUCCCCCCAAUCUAAAUUCUUACAUAUAAUCCUGUUACCUUCAAAAAUGCAAUAACUGCUUUAUUUAUUUUAUGUUUCUAAAGGUGACUCUUUGGGAAGGUUGGGAAAAUUUGAAUAAGUAGAGCAGACGAAGCUGCGCACUUGCAAGUAUCUAAAAAAAUGAUGCCGCAGAAUAUCAAACUUUUCAGAGAUUUGCUGGAAUGAGGCGAAAGUAUUAUCAAUAUACAUAUCGUGAAAAGUUGAAAUUCCUGUUCUCCGCCAUGACAGGAAGGUGUGUGACGAUGUUUAAUGCAUGUGUUUGUGUGAGUGUUAUUAUUUCUGGAGAAACUAUGUUGUCCCACUUGGGGCAUUCAGGGAGGGAAUUUGUUUGAAGCAUGGUUCAUUGGUCCUGCUGAGGUCUGGGCCCCAUACAGAACUGACCCUUUCAUAUCACGGAUAAACUUUAUCUGAAAAUCUGAUAUCUGCAAGAACCAUUUUACUCAACUUGUAUAUAAAACAAAUAGAGUUCAUUCCUUAUGGAAUUCUUUUGAUAUUUACAAAACAAAUAUUUUUAUUGGACGCAUAAAAAAAAUAUUUUUUGCUAAGUGUGACUAAAACAAAACAACAAAAAAGCGUGUUUAAUAAAACUUUUAACUUUUUUGUGUUUUCUCAAUUAUUUUUCCUAAAGGGCUUAAAAUUGCCAUUACUUCUAUUAGUUCUACUCAUAGUUGAUUAUAAAUUGCUAACUGGCAACAGUUAUUUGAAUUUAUUUGAGGGGAACAGGAAUCAGUUAUUGAUUUAAAAAUUGUCUCAAAUGUUUUAGCUGGUAUUUCUGAGUGGUUCAUUCAUAAAAACUCAACAAUGGAUAGUAAUCAUUAUCACAUUACAAUAAGAGUAGGAUUAAUUUUAAAUAAGAACAUAAAGCUCAAUAAAAAAAAUAAUUUUAUUAAGGCAGAUUGGAUUAAAUUUAGUCAAAAUUUAUUUGAGUCAAAGAAACUUAGAAAAAGUAGGUAUGAGAAUGGAUAUAAAUUAUGUCAAUUUAAAAAUUUGUAAGAUAAUAAUGGAAGCAUCAGAUCAUACUAUAAAGAAAAGACAUUGUAAAAAUUAUAGGAAAAUGGUACCAUGGUGGACAAAUUAAUGUAAAGAAUCAAUAAAGUUAAGAAAUAAAGCAUUUAAGGUACUAGAAAGUAAUCUAAUUUAUAAGAAUUUAACUGAUUAUAAAAGAAAUGUCAGGAUCUGCUCCUCUGUGCUUAUUUGGAGUUUCUGUGUUCUCCUGUCUCCCCUUGAUUGUUCCCAGGUGUUUCUUGUCAUCUUGAUUACCCUCUGUGUAUUUAACCCCACCUGUGCUCUGUGUUCCUUGUGGGGCCUGUCCAGUCACUGGUUGUCACGUUUGAGAGCUUUUGCAUCAGCUCUAUGUGCUGUCUGUACUUUGUGCUUUUUGAAUUCUCUGGAUUACUUGUUAUCAUUAAAUUCAUCACCAUUCAUCUUA